UGCCAGUGUCUCUCUAAACAGCGGCAUGGUUAGACCGGAAGUGGCGGUGUUCUUCUAAAGGCGGGAUCAGGAAACUGCGCCGCGUGAGAUAUUUUGGGCGCAUUUAGACUCUGAACAGCACGGCGCUUGCGGAUGAGGAUUGAAAUUUCUCGAUGAUAGUGUCCAGCCAGUGAAAGAAGUCAACUUGAAAUCCCACAGCCUCUUUAAUAUAAAUCAACAAUGUCGUCAACAUCACAAAAACACAAGGACUUCGUGGCAGAGCCCAUGGGGGAGAAGACCGUGAUGGCUCUCGCAGGAAUCGGUGAAGUUCUUGGAAAGAGAUUGGAAGAGAAGGGCUUCGACAAGGCAUAUGUUGUUCUUGGACAGUUUCUGGUCCUGAGGAAAGAUGAGGAGUUGUUUCGGGAAUGGUUGAAGGAUACGUGUGGAGCCAACACCAAACAGCAGGGCGACUGCUAUAGCUGUCUGAGAGAGUGGUGUGACUCUUUCCUGUAGUUUUUUUGUUGUUGUUGUAUUUUCAUCCCCCGCUGACUUGUAUGCAGAAUACAUUUACCUCAUUCUGUCAAUUGGACUUUUCAGACAUAAUUUUUGGAUGUGUUAAUAUGAAUUCUUAGCACUUGUAUGCAUCUUUUAGGGUCUUUUAGAUGGGUACACUUGUAAUAUCACUUCUCGUUUUGGGUUUUGUUCAAACAUCAUUCACACUGGCUCUUUAGUAUUUCCCUCUCUUUUUUAUGACAUUUGAAGGUUUUAACUAUGUCCAAAAUGUACCACAGUGCUUCUAAGCUUUUAAAGGUUUCUGUGAACUUGUCACUGUUCUCUGGUAUGUCACCCAAAGGAUCAGAUUCAUAAUGAUAUAAUUUUGCCGUAUGGUUUUAUGCUCCCCAACCCUUAUAUUGCCUUAAUAAAAAUCUGGAUUCAUUUUAA